CUGUCAUGCCAAAAGUUUCAGUUUGUAUUUGUAACGCUCAGUUUUUUUUUAUCAACUUUUUAGAUUUUUUAUGGGAUUGUUGUUAUUAGUGUUAAGCUGUUGUAUGAAAUGUGCUAUUAAAACAACGCUUGCAAUGAACCAAUCGUACUCGGACAGCGACGUGUCGCUGUCCCCAACACAAAUACUGGAGCGACUACAUUUGCUGCGCCAGCUACAGUUAUUGCAACAAGACAAACUUCUUAAACAACGCCAAUUGUAUCAAGAGUCGCCUCGGAACUCCAGCAUUACGGAAAUCGUCAGUCAAUUUAGUGCAAGUACGAGCUUUAACACAUUCCGGAGCUUGCUUGGAAGUUCCGAGUCUUCAACCGACGCCACACCGCGGCUCCAUUCGAGUAAAUCGCAAGUGAACCAACAGGACUUAGUGGAAGGCGUGGCUGUCCUUAACCUAUCCCAAGAGUCGGAAUUUAUUAUAACUUCUCCUGUCUCUAGCAGAAGCAAAGCUUCCAAUGCAUCUCAAGCACCAACCGAGUCAGGUACAAGUGGAGGGGCACACUCUGUAGCUUCUAAGAAACAAAUAUCUCUCGAUGAUAUGCCGGUGCUGACUCCUAAGAAAGACUUUGAAGCACUAAUCAUUGAAAAACUUAAAAAUGAAUUGGAUGCACCCAAACCCAAAAUCUUACAAAAGGAAAAUGUGCCUAGUAAAAGCAAGAAACCGUAUCUGAAGAAAGGGGAAGGUAUGACCCGAUUUGGGCUGCAGAAAAACAAACCUGUCAUACAGAGUACAUAUGCUUUGCCUUGGAAAAAAGCUACCAAUGUUAAAAAAGCACCUGUGAAAACUAUAAAUAUUAAAUCACCAAAAAAUUCUAAAAGAAAGAGUAUAGAUGUUAAAAUUGUUGUUUCUAAACCUUCACCUGAAGUCAAAACAAAACCUGCUGAUGACAAACUGGUUCAGCCAAAAGAAGUAAGUGACAAACAAGCCAAUAUUAAAGUUGCUCAAGAUCCAAUCAAGCAAGGAAACAGUAAACAAUUGACUGCUACAGUUGAUUCUAGCAAUUGUGAACUCCAUGGUCCAAAAGCACUCUCACCACCUAAAGAAAGAGAAAUAAAACUACAAUUACCUAAAGGAAAACAUCCAUUACUGGCAAAUAAGGGUAAGACCUGGGCGGCAGUCCUGACAAAAGAACAGGAUGAUUUCCUUCGGCAACUCAAACAAAGUGACUAUUAUAAGAAUUUUACUUCUCCUGCCAAAAGCAUUCUCUCAGAUAUCAGCUGUGAUGAAACACUUAUGAAACUUAGACAAGAGAGGGAGAUGGCAGAGCAAAAUAUGUUUGAACUGCUUGAAAACAAGGUAGAUCAUGCAAGCUUUAACUUGAACAAUUCCUUUAUCAAUAGAUUUUUACAAGGCAGUAAUUUAGAAUGUUCAGGAGAGAGUACUCCUGUGAUUAUGCAGAAAUGUCUAGCAAGCAAUCCGAAACUGAUGACCUUAUGCCCUGAUGUACACCAGACUAGAAAUGUAAAUUGUCACAGUGAUAUUGACUGCAACAGUGAAUACACAGAGUGUUGCAGUGAAGCAUGCUCUUCUGCGUGCAGCUGUUCUUGUAAUAACACUAUAGAAGAAUCCAACAACUUCAACAACCACCAAGAUAUCUCUAAAAGUAAUAAAAAACAGGCUGUCCAGCAUAACAAAACAAACAAAACAACAAAAGAGGCUGAAAAACAACCCGAAGUUCAACAAUGUCAUAAUGACAAAGAAAUUGACAGCAUGAAAGAAAACAUGGCAGAAAUGAAUGCUAAAUUAGUUGCUACAAGUGAACUGCUAAAAGAUAGGCUCAGAGAAUUAGAGGAUGAAAUUGAAACAUUUAGAAAAGAAAAUGCAAACCUAACUAAAAUGAGAGAAGAUAUUGACAUGGAGAAGCAAAAGUUUUAUGAAGAAAAAUCUACCUUUGAGCAAAAGUUCAAUGAGGAGAAAAUUCUAUCAGAAUAUUAUUUAGCCGAGGAAAAAGAGAAAUUGACAAAGCAAAAGCAAAUCUAUGAAAGACAAGUGAGGGAGAUGAGAGGUCGGCUCAACAAAAAAGACAAAGAUGAAGUUGUUAACCUGAAGAAAGAAAUAAAUGACCUAAAGGAAGAAAUGAGACUUAAAGAUGCUAAAUACACCACUGUCGCCGCAAGGCUUCGCAAUCAAUUGAAAAUUAUGGAAAAGGAGAAAAAAGAUUUGCAGGAAGAAGUAGAAAAGUUGAAAAAAGAGAAUCGUAGGAUCCAACACAGCAAUGACAUUACCAGGCGAAUGACUAAUAUUAAAUAUUUAGAACAAAUAAACAAGAAGUUGUCCAAGGCAAAGAGUGCUCAGAGUCAAGUAGUGCCUGAUGAUGAUAUGAAGUAUAAAACAUUAGAAAUAGAGAGGCAAAGUAGAAGCAGGGUGCAGCCUGCAGCAAAGAACCCACUUAGAGCCAGAGCUAAGAGUGUGCCCAAUCUUAAUGUAACAUCCCGAUAUGCAAAGUAUUUUAGCCAGAGGGAUGUGGUGAGUCCAACUGAAAGAAAUCAAACUUUAAAUAUAGACAGAUAUACCUCUCAUGACAUUGAUGAUGGACGAUAUGAUCACGAAAGUGAAAGUUUAGGAGAUACAGAAUCUGUUAGUGGGAGAGAUGCAACAGACAAUGAAGAUGACAAUAGUUUAGAGAAAAUAUACAUGGAGAGAUUUCAAGAACAUUCAAAAGAUGAACCUGCAUUUGACAAUGCUAGAACAAGCUAUUCAAGUUCCAAUCACAGUUUCGAAAAGACGAAUCUCAACCAAAAAACAGAUGGCUUUUUUAUUCAUAGAUCUAAUUCAGGUUCAAUGAAAGAAUCCAAGUCUCCAAAGCAGUUAUCACCUCGCGAUCAACCUAGCGGAUACAGUUCUAAUAGAUCCAAGUCCCCUGUGUCUAUAUUAAGUCAUAGAUCAACCCGCAAAUCACCAGUAACUGUGAUUAACCAUGAACCAGAUUAUUUACCCAGUUCAAGCAGAUCUAAUCACUCCCACGGCAGAUCUACCUCACCUAUAUCAACUGUAAGCAACCACACAUACAGCUGUAGCAGCCAAAGAAUACCUACUGUCAUAAACCGAGAAUAUUUAGACAAUAGGUCAUUCCCAGAGCCUCCAAGCAAAACUAGUGUAACAAAAACGGACCUUACCCCUACUGAAAUAAGGAAGUCAGACGGUUCUAAAGAACUCAGAUUUCCAAAUGGAAAUGUGAAGUAUUUGUCGGCAGAUGGCAAAUACAGCAAGUUUGUGUACUACAAUGGGGAUGUGAAGGAAAACUUCUAUAAUGAAGGGAGGAUAAAGUAUUAUUAUGCUGAAACAAAGACUUAUCAUACAACUCAUCCUGACGGGUUGGAAGUUUUGGAGUUCCCUGAUGGCCAAGUAGAGAAGCGAUACAAAGACGGCUCAUCCGAGAUCCGUCUCCCGAACGGCACCGUCCGCUACUUCGACCCCAAGAACCUGCACGUCCGCGAGGAGUGGCGCUUCCCCGACGGCGCGACGCUCACCGCCUCGGCGUCGGGCGAGCGCCGCGUCGUCUUCCCCAACGGGCAGGUGGAGGUGCACACUAAGGACCAUAAGCGCCGCGAGUUCCCCGACGGCACGGUGAAGCUGGUGUACAACGACGGCACAGCUGAGACGCGCUACGCAUCGGGCCGGGUCCGUAUCAAGGACAAACACGGAAAUCUCAUCAUGGACUCUGUGCCGAGCUGAUUUGGACUUUGGGUACGCCUAAUAAAGUACAAG